AUGAAGGUGAUUUUGAAAGAAUGGAAUGCGGUAGCCACCUGGCAUUGGGACAUGCCCGAAGAUGAGGUCUGUGGUAUUUGCCGUGUCCAGUUUGACGGGACCUGUCCGACUUGCAAAUUUCCGGGCGAUGAUUGCGCUUUACGUGAGUUACAUACUGUGAAUCUCUUGAUUGGCAAGUGCGGCCAUUCUUUUCAUAUGCAUUGCCUCAUGACAUGGAUACAGCAAGAGACAUCGAAAGGUCUAUGCCCAAUGUGUCGUCAAAAAUUCGAGUGGGUUCAGGAUGAAAAGUAG